CUCUUUUUUACUUUUUUUAAAGGGAAAAAAAGUUGAAUGAGCCCCGCUUCAAAGACCAUUUAUCAGCCACAGCUUAAAAAACAAUACUUACAAACAGAGGCUUAUUAUUCUACCAAAUGCUGGAUAGAAUCUGUCUUGAACUUUGAACUCCCUUCGGAGGAUCUAUAUGAAUGCUUAAAAGACGGCCGAAUACUUUGCACGUUAGUAAACAUAGGGGGAUAUGGAUAAAGGGUUUCUAAUAACGUUCGGUAGACUGAUCAACAAGGAAUACAAUGACAGCCAGGAACCAGAAGAGAGGAUUGAAAUAUUCUUAAAGGCUGCAAAAGAAUUAGGACUCCCAUCAUCCGCUCUGUUCUGUGUAAAUGAUUUAAUACACGAGGAGAAUAUAGACGAUGUUGUUUCAACACUUUUAAUGUUAUCUCAUAUUUUACCUACACAUAAUAGAUUUGCGGGCGAAUCAAUCACUACCUAUAAUAAUGAUAAUGCGAAUGAUACAAUGACAAAAAGAGUUGUAGAGCAGGAGAAUCAGGAGUACGAUGACUAUCGACAACUACAGCAUGGACAUUACCGUACCCAGCAUAGUCUACAGGAUGAGGAGGGAGACGAGGAGGAUAGAAAGGAGGAAGAGUGGUCACCGCCAUCUGAUCGACCAGGUUGUAUGCCUGUGUUUGGCACACAUCCACUACUUUUACAUGAAAAAAAAUUAAAAUACUAUGAUGAGGAUGAGGAGGAGUUCCUGGAAGAUAAUAUCUAUGAUACCAAAAUGAGUAGCACUUCAUCUGGAGAUAGUGGUUACGGAACACACAGACAUCCCACAAAAGAAGAAAAGAAACACACGGCCGCUCGAGAUAUUUUUGAAUCCAUGUUGAAACCACCACCUUCGAAUUCGAUUUCAUCUUCUUCUACACGUAAAGCAAGCAAUCGACUGUCUCUAUUAUUUUCAUCGAAAAAUCGUCAUAAAAAGGAACCACACUUUGUUAAGUUCCAGACUUGGUCUAACAAUAAGGCCAAUUAUAAUCAACAACAAUACAAAAAAUCAGCUUCUGUCAUUGAAGGCAAGAGUCCAUAUGUUCCUCAACCAGACUUGUUGCCAAUUGCCAAACGCAAAUCUACAAAUUCUUUGAAAACAAAUAAUGCAUCACAUUUAGAACUUUUUGAUGAAGAUGGGAGCUUGUUGGCUAGAUAUAAACUAGGAAAUGUGAUUGGCAAAGGCCAUUUUGGUACAGUGUAUAGAGCACUGGAUCUAAUAUCAGGAAAAACUGUAGCUGUUAAACAGAUCAAUUUGAAAUCAUCAAAAAAGCAAGAUAUUGAGGAUAUGAUGCAAGAGGCAAGACUGCUUAGCUCAUUAACGCACCCAAAUAUUGUUAAAUAUGAGGGGUUUAUUCAAACACAUGAACAUAUGAACAUUGUGUUAGAAUACGUCGAAAAUGGCUCAUUAUUAAACACAUUAAAAUCAUUCGGUAGUUCAUUACCAGAGUCUCUUGUUGCCAACUACUGUCAGAGAAUACUGAGUGGCCUAAUCUAUUUGCAUCAGCAACAGGUUGUUCACUGUGAUCUAAAGGCUGCAAACAUUCUCACUACAAAGGCAGGAGAUGUGAAACUAUCUGAUUUUGGUGUGUCUCUCAAUUUGAAGCUGAAAAAAAAUGAAGAUGAAAGCAUCGUGUCUGGGACUCCUUUUUGGAUGUCGCCUGAAGUCAUUGAAUUAAAGGGAGCAUCUAGUAAAUCAGAUAUAUGGUCUCUAGGAUGCACCAUCAUCGAACUAUAUACAGGCAAACCGCCUUAUUCUGAUUUGAUCACAAUGACCGCGAUGUUCAAGAUUGUCGAAGAAGAAUGUCCUCCUAUACCAGAUGGUGUUUCAGCUGAACUGCAUGAUUUCUUAAUGCUCUGCUUUCGAAAAAAUCCAAUAGAUAGGCCCACGGCCAGCGAGCUUCUCGAUCACCCCUGGAUUUUGAAGCACCAAAAACCUUUAGAGGUUUCUUCCACUACAUCUUCGCCUAUUCUAAUGGCUAAAAAACCAAUCGCUCGUAGUCUAACAAGGAAGGUGAGGAGUAACAGUACAUUACUGAACCAGAUGCAAGAACAUGCAGUAGUAGCAGGUGAAAGCCUAUUAGCAAAGAAGCUGCAGCAAAGACAACAGUUGGGCCAUCUGUCCACGCGCCAAUCUAUGCCAGUUGUGUCUAAUACCCAUGCUCGACCUAAACCAAGUCAUAUGCACAGUUUGAUAGAUUGUUCGUUUCCUAAAGGAGCAGGAAACUGUAAGGUAUGUGAUAUACCUAUCAAACGAGAUGCAUUUGUAUGUAAAGACUUUUGUGGUUAUGUUUGCCACAAGCGAUGUAAAACUCCAGAAGCACAGCCCAAGACCCCUCAUCCUGUUCGGCCAACCUCUUCUGUUUCGUCACAGUUACGCGAAAAGUUUUCUAUCUCUAGACUCAUAUCUCGAACACAGCAUGAGCCUUCUUCAUCAAUAAAAAACCCAUGGUGGAAAAAGAAGUCAUCAAAAUAAAUGCAUAAAAAUAAAAAAGUUUUAUUCCAUGUUUCUAUUAUAACUUGCUUGGUUGAUAUGGAUUUUGGUUGGAAUAGUAACCAUAGAACAUUGGGUUAAUAGCGGCAGAGUUGAAUGGGUGUGAUGUGUUUGAUGAAUGCGGACGGUAAUGUGUUCCUUGAAAUGCUGGAUGAAUGUCGCUUCUUGACUGAUUUGGUAUACGUAUUUUAUUACUCGAGGGCAUCUUUUUAUUUGUAAAGAAAGAAAGAGAGAAAUGCUCCUUUUGUCAGCACGAUGUCGCACUAAAACAAAU